CGGGUUUGUUUUCACCGGUUGAGCGAGUUAGUGGAGAACUCGUACAGUUGAUUGGUCAGAUAAAAAAAUGAUUGGCUGUUGCUCCGCCCACAUUCCAGCAUCUCGAGCAGCAGGUUUCUUGGCACACGUCCCCUUUAAUGGGCAGGGUCUAACAGGAUAAGGGAGCGGAGACUGAAUGGGUGUGUAUCGCGCGUCUGGAGUUCCCUUCACAGUAAACAUAAGGUUGACACUCGGCUCGGUGGCUCUUUCCGAUUUCAUCAGCUCGUCAAUGAGUUCCAUUGCGGUCACCUAAGGCUUUCCUUGCAGACACAUGCAUGUGCUCCGGCACAUAUCUUUGGCUAUCAGCGCCGCAGCAGCGAUAUUGGGAUCGCUGGUGUUUUUAGCUUGGAAUUACUUCUACAAGAGACGGGUAUGGUCGCCGGGACACCGCUGUGCGGUCACCAGAGAGGUGGAGGAAAGUUGGGAUCAGCAGAUUCUGGUCUUAGGUCUUAAUGGAUCUGGCAAGAGCAGCAUUAUGCGGGGUCUUUCAGGCGGUAGGGUGCCUGUUGCCUUUAGCCCUACCCGAGGUUUUAAUGCCAUUAGUGUCAACGUUGAAGGCUACAAGCUGCACCUCCUAGAAAUUGGUGGCAGUAAGAACCUUCGCUCAUAUUGGGCUCAGUACCUGAAGAGAGCCUGUGUCCUGGUGUAUGUUGUGGACUCUACAGACAGAGAGCGCCUUCCACUGGCCAAAGAGGAGCUUCAUAGCCUUUUACAAGCUGCUUCUGAGCUGCCUUUGGUAGUUUUGGCCAACAAACAGGAUCUGCCAAAUGCUGUCUCAAUCUCAGAGCUCCAUGAAGCCCUGAUGCUGGACACCAUUGAACAUCAAAGGGAAUGCUUCUUGCUGGCCCUCAGCCUGGAUUUGGCCGAGUCUCUGACGGACUUAUGGGAGCUGCUGCUGAAGCUGGUGCCUUUUCUACCCAAGGAGCACCCAAACAGCUUAUGCCAUCCAGGCGCCUCGAACUGCCAUCUCCAGAAAUGCACCUGAUGGAGUCAAAGCAGGCCUUAAACGGGUGGCUUUUUGAAGCUUUACUGCCACUGAAUCUGUAAGGCAGAGACUGGUGUUCUCUUUGAAGUGUUUAUCCCAGUUUGCUAUUUUGCACAGUAAGCUUUUUUGUAUUUUUACAUUCCUAUUUUAUAUAUUCAGCACAUUCAAACAGUUGUGCUUUUUUAACUUGUGGGUACACUAAACACUUAUAAAGCAAGCAUCACGUUUUAAACACAUUAGCAAAACUGAGUAUGAUGAACUCUGACACAUAUCCUCAUUUUAGUUUCAGUAACUUUAAAUUUGAAGACCUUGUGGUAUCAGAAACAUUUCAAAACAUUAACACUCAGCAUCGCACUACAUUUCACUGUGCCUUUCUCAGCACAUGGUCUGAGUUUUUACUUUUAUUUUGUGUUAGUUGUUUAAACUUUUAUUCUGGGUAAGUUGCCCCAGAGAGGCAACUUGCACUGCCAGCAAUAACCUGCCAUUCUUUCUGUACUUUUUCUGCCUUUCUCUCUCCAAUAUUAAUGUUUAUAUAUUGCGCCAUGCUUACUUUGUAGAUCUUAAUUUUUUAAUUAAUAUUCUGAGCAGAUGGAAAGAGUACUUUGGGAGGCUGAUGAAUGAAGAGAACAAGAG